AUGCCAAUUCUCAGAUUAUUGCUGGUUGGGUGUUUAGUUUGUAUGCAAAGCAUACUUGCUUAUGCAUCAGACAAUAAAAGCCUCUUGACGGAAGAUAUUAUGGCAUCUCAAAUUUGCAAUGGAAUGUAUGCCAAAGAUGGAAGCGUUUCAGAGAUUAAAUUAAACGUCGAUGAGCUGCAAUCGAGUUUUGACGGUGCAAUUCGCUUGUUAAUUUUUAAUUGGAAAGAAGUUGAUGCAGUGGGUUUGGUCGGUGAAGACAAGGAACGCCAUUAUAUUUGCGAUUAUCCUGAAAUAGAAGCCGAUAUGUGCACUGAAGAGCAAUAUGGGCUUUAUUUGGUGGAUGAUGUUAAAUCUCAUGGCUCUGUCUUUUCUGAUUUCAUAAACGCCAAAGCAAUGGAUUCACCUUUUGUCUACCCCGUGGUUGAGACAGGCUUGUAUUGUGUCUUCACUGCGCCAUUGGAAGGCGCUAAAGAGAUGUAUACUAUUAGCGUUACUUGGGAAAACUAUUUUGGUGAGCUUGAUGCUACCGAAUAUCCCCAUUUGUUUUUGAAUCCCGUCUUGCUCAUUAUGAAUGUAAUUGUAGCUAUUUGGUGGUCAUUUGUUAUGCUUCGCUACAGACAUGAUCUUUUACAGAUCCAAAAGUAUAUUUCAGGCGUCGUUGCACUUUCUUUGGCAUGUGGUUUCAUUUCUUCUGGAUACUUCUUCUAUGCCAAUGCAAACGGUUAUACGAAUUCAAGCAAAGUAUUUGCCUUCUUUUUAUCUAUCUUUCAGGCAGCUCGCCAAUCGUAUUUCGGAUUUCUCGUUCUAAUUGUCUCCUUGGGUUAUUCAAUCGUUGUCCCAACUCUUGGCAGCCUUCUUCGAAAAUGCCAAAUUCUUGGAGGCCUUCAAUUCGUUGCUUUAAGUUUUUUCCUUACUUCAUUGUUUGUUAGUCCAAACAACCAAGAGUCUUUUGUCCUAAUGUUUGCUGCUCCGAUAUUUUUGUUCACCAUUUUCGCCAUGUUUUUUUGGAUUGUUUUGGCUUUGAAUAAUACAAUUCAAGACCUUCGUUUGCGUAAGCAAACUGUAAAGGCUCAAAUGUAUACUCGUUUAUGGGUGGUUAUCUGCUUUGGUAUAAUUGCCUACGGAGCAAUUGUUAUUGCUAAUGCUGUUUUAAUUGGUAUCAAUGGUCAAAUGAACUACUAUUUGAAGUACUGGAAGUUACUUUGGUUCUUAGAUUACGGUUAUGCCGACAUUCUUUCUUUCUUUUUGAUGGUAACCAUCUUGUAUAUUUGGAGACCUACUGAGAAUAACCGUCGUUUUGCUAUGAGUGAACAAGUUGCUCAAGACGUUGAUGAAUUUGAAAUGACGUCCUCAGUCUCUCACGAAAGUUUGCCCAUGUAUCAAGAGCAGUCUAAUUCAGAAGCUCAGCAUGGCGCAAGGACUGGAAACGCAGAUGAACAUCAAGCUCUCUUUGCUGUAGACGAUGAAAGUGAUGAUGAGACUUCAUAUCGUGCGAAUGAAGAUAAGCAAAAGCCUGUUUAG